AUGUUUGGCGGCAGCUCUCCGAGUCACUGCUCAAAGAUCUCCGUUGCCACCGCCGCACAUCCAGAGCCCAUGGAGGGACCCACAGCGCCCACGAACCAGGGCCCUCUGCAGGGAGAGCCGGGCCCCGUGCCACCCCCGCACGUGUACGUGGUGACGGGCGGAGCGGGCUUCCUGGGCGGGUUCUUGACCGCUCAGCUGCUGGAGCUCGGGGAGGAGGUCGCUGAAGUUCGACUCGUAGACUGCGCCUUCAAGGCGAUGAGAUUUUGUCCUAUCCAGAUAUUCCUGCUGCCCAACAAAUACCAGGAGAAUAUUUCACACUUUUUCCGACAAGUUCAUGGUUUUCUGCUGUGUCAGGCCGUGCGAGGCAAGAUCCGCGUGAUCCAGGGCGACAUCCGCGAUGAGCGUGCGAUGCGUGCAGCGUGUCGUGGCGCCCAUGUCCUCCUGCACACGGCCUCACUCAUCGACGUGUGGGACCGCAACAGCGAGACCGAGAUCUUCUCCGUGAACCAGCACGGCACGCAUGUGCUACUGGAGGCCUGCGUGCACGAGGGAGUGAGCGUCGCCAUCUACACCAGCUCCGUCGAGGUGGCCGGGCCCAACGGGCAGGGUGACCCCAUCGUCAACGGCGACGAGGAGACCCCUUACAAGCACAACCUCUGUUUCACCUACAGCCGUAGCAAGGCAGAGGCCGAACGUCUCACGCUAUCCUACGACGGCGCGGCUCCGGGCGGCGGCACCUUGACGACGUGCGCACUGCGCCCCAUGUACAUCUACGGCGAGCGCUGCCGCUUCUUGCGCUUGCACAUAACCAACGGCCUCAUCAACGGGCGCGUGCUGCUGCGCGGGUCGCGCGCCAGUGCCCUCGUGAAUCCCGUCUACGUGGGCAACGUGGCGCACGCGCACGUGCUGGCGGCACGCCUGGCACUGACGGGCGGCACCGAGGCGGAGCGACGUCGCCCCGGCGGGCGCGUCUACUACGUGUCGGACGACACGCCGCCCGUCAGCUACUCGGACUUCAACUACACGGUGGCGCGCGACCUUGGCUUCGACAUUCAGAAGCGGCUGCCGAUGCCGUUCGUCGCCCUAUACGCCAUGGCGGCCCUGCUGGAGCUGCUCCGCUUCUUGUUGCGACCGUUCUACAAGGUCGUUCCGUCAAUCAACCGUCAGCUCGUGGUCAUGGUCAACACGCACUUCACGUUCAGGCACGAGCGCGCGCGGCGCGAGCUGGGAUACGAGCGCUUCUCGUGGGAGGAGGCGCACGCCCGCACCAGCGAGUGGCUCGCCAAGGAGGUGCCCUUGAUCGAGGCUGAGCUGAAACAAAGCAAGAAAUAA